AUGGCGAAUAAGGCUGGGAAGACGGGCGGAUUCUGGAAUCUGGAUGAUCCGGUGGCCCAAGAACUCCUGAAGGAUGGCCGCGGAGUGAUGGACAUACUGGUGAAGAUCUUGUCAAUCCACUGCGCCACCACCAUUAUAGUUGGACAUCUUACCAGCUUGAAAAACACACCCAGCUAUGCUCUCACCGUGCCGGUCAUUGCCUUCAUCCUUGCACCCAUGUAUCCGCUAGCAGAGCUGCUUGUGGAUAUUUACAGAAGCGCGCAAACGUAUCUUUCCGAGAAAUCUGACCGGGCCGACUUCCAGUACUAUGUCGCUGUGGGUCUUGGGAUGCGAGCAUCGCCAAUUCGAGAUCAUAGCCAGGAAGGCGUCAAGCUACUGGAGCUGAGCACCAACCGGUUUUUGCUGAGGAGAAAGACUAAACCUAGAGGAAUACUCUGGGCGGCACGGGUAGGCGUGCUCCUCGCCUUCCUAGUCCAGGACGUCGGUGUGAUAUCUCUCUAUUUUCGACGACUCAAAGUCAUCCCCCCUAAACUUGGGCAAUUACCGAGACUUUUGCAGCAUGCGGAUGCCGAUUUUGAUAACGUGAAUGCGUUAUUCGCUCUUGGCAGCCUCGUUGCCGCUUUCGUGUGUUUGCUGCUAGAAUUGACCAAUUGGACCUGGACCUAUUCUCCGAUGGGCCUUCGAGGGCGGGCGGUUCCAAUAGAAACGGAAUGGUAUGAGUUUUUCAAGCUCGAAACACCUCAUCUUCCAGAAAUUGUCCUCACCCAGAUUCUGACGACAUGUGCAUCAUCUCCUCUCAUUUUACGGAAUGUGGCCUUUGGAGCAUCAUUCGUAGCUGACGUCGCCGGAGGGGAGCAGAGUGUUCUUGAGAUUGUACUGAAUCUUCACAUGUUCUUGGCUCUUCUGUCGGUCAUUCUCGGAGGUCUGGCUAUGUGUCCACCGCAAUGGGCUUACAAGCUACGUAUACAGCCAGAAGUUAUCAAUGCCUUUCUUUAUAUCACCGCAAUGGCCGGACUCGCGCUUGUGCGUCUCAACGGAAUCGUGGGAAGCUGCGAAGAUAUCGCUGCUGUCAGAGCUUGCAGCCGUGGCGAUGCAUCAUGGUGCGUGGCCGCUUUUCUCUGGAGAGAUCCCAGAGAGGGUAGCCUUUGGGCUCUUUAA